CCACUGCACUUCACUCGCUUUGACAGAAAACGCUGAGCGUUAACGGCUAAACAAGUUUCCCGGAUAAAAAAAUGACAGAGCUGCGGCACCGCGGUGGUCCCGCAGACCCUGACCUGCAGCAGCAGCAGUCGUCGGAGGAUAAGGGUUCAGAGGCGGAGGACAGGAUGGAGAAAGAUGGUGUAUCAGACAGCGAGUCUAAGCCUGAAUCCAGUGUACCUGAUGUUCCCCCACCGUCUGACGACACCCCUGUGGUGCUGAACAAAGCCCUGUCAGGCCUGUCGUCACGGUGGAAGAACUGGUGGGUGAGAGGAAUCCUCACCCUUGCCAUGAUCUCCUUCUUCUUCAUUAUCAUUUAUCUCGGCCCGAUGGUACUGAUGAUGAUCGUGCUGUGUGUGCAGAUAAAGUGUUUCCAUGAGAUCAUCACCAUCGGCUACAGCGUGUAUCACUCCUACGACCUUCCCUGGUUCAGGACGCUCAGCUGGUACUUCCUGUUGUGUGUGAACUACUUCUUCUACGGUGAGACGGUAACUGAUUACUUCUUCACACUGGUGCAGAGGGAGGAGCCUCUGAGGAUCCUCAGCAAAUACCAUCGCUUCAUCUCUUUCGCCCUCUAUCUCUCUGGGUUCUGCAUGUUCGUAUUGAGCUUGGUGAAAAAGCACUACCGGCUGCAGUUCUACAUGUUUGGCUGGACCCAUGUGACUCUGCUGAUCGUGGUCACUCAGUCCCACCUCAUCAUCCACAACCUGUUUGAAGGCAUGAUCUGGUUUAUCGUCCCCAUCUCCUGUGUGAUCUGUAAUGACAUCAUGGCCUACAUGUUUGGGUUCUUCUUCGGCCGAACGCCUCUCAUCAAGCUGUCUCCUAAGAAGACGUGGGAAGGAUUUAUUGGGGGAUUUUUCUCCACCAUUGUGUUCGGGAUCCUGUUGUCCUAUGUGAUGGCAGGUUAUCGUUACUUCGUGUGUCCAGUGGAGUUUAAUAACGACUCGAACAGUUUCACGGUGGACUGUGAGCCCUCGGAGCUUUUCCAGCUACAGGAUUACACACUGCCCUCCGUCCUACAGUCCAUCACUGGCUGGACCACGGUGAAGCUUUACCCAUUCCAGAUCCACAGCAUCGCUCUGUCCAGCUUCGCCUCCAUCAUGGGUCCGUUCGGAGGAUUCUUCGCCAGCGGGUUCAAGAGGGCCUUCAAGAUCAAGGAUUUCGCCAACACCAUUCCGGGUCAUGGAGGAAUUAUGGACCGCUUCGACUGUCAGUACCUCAUGGCCACCUUCGUCAACGUUUACAUCGCCAGCUUCAUCAGGGGUCCGAACCCGACUAAAGUGAUCCAGCAGCUGCUCGCACUGAGACCGGACCAGCAGCUGUACAUCUACAACUCUCUGAAGGCCCACCUCAGUGAGAGAGGCCUGCUCCCAGCGCCGGGGGAGGCAGCCUAAACCCCGACUGGCACUGGAACGGACACCGCCUGAGAGCCAGAGAGAGAGAGAGAGAGAGAGAGAGAGGGCAGGAGGGUCACGGGGUCAGCCUGCAGCAGGAGGCGAGUGGAGGUGGGAGAGACGAAGAUCCAGAUCAGGAAAAAGGAAAAAAGCUAAAGCCUUGGGUCAUUCCAUUUCCUGUGUGCGUUGCGUGUGUGUGCACGCGUGUGUGCACACUAAGAAAGAGUGUGUUUGUGUGUGCGCGCUAGUGUUUAAUUAGUGUUUACUAUUAUUUUUUUUGCAAGUGAUAAACUGUCUGUCCUUUGUUUUUUACUAGAUAAGGUGAAUAUUAUACACAGAAUCACACGUCCUAUAUUUUUUCCAUUGUGAGUCUCUCUCUCUCUCUCUCUCUCUCUCUCUCUCUCUCUCACACACACACACACACACACACACACACACACACACACACACACACACACACGUAAAGUGUAUCUGCUACCUGUAUUGUGAAUAUUUUACCGUAUAUAUUAUACAUUCUAUUAUACAACAAUGAUUCUGAUUCUAAUUAGGGUGCAGAUGUUGUAUUAUAUUUUGUUUUUAAUGCACUGCUCUGCUCACCGCACUAUUCACUCGACCUCACGUGUAGUUUUACGCUCAUGAUCAUGUCCACGCGAAAAGACGCAGGUUUGGUUUCUGAGGUUUUUUUAUUUUUUUUUGCAUAAAGACGUUUAUCAGAUAAUGAGGAAUUUUUUUAAAUGAUAAAGAUUUAAAGGAACAAAAACUUUUUUCAGAUAGUAGACAAGUCGAGAUGUGUUUGGUGUCUGGCGUUUGUGCAGCGAAUGAGCAAUAAGUUUAGGAGUAAAACAGGACAGGGGGCGCAGUUACAGGAAACUAAUACACCACUGGAUAGUGGGAUUAUUUUCCAAUAACAGCACAAGCUGGAGUGAUUUAUUCCUCUUAUUCGACAGCAGCUUGAUGAUCAGAAUGAAUGAUUGAUUGAUUUUUAAUUUAUUCCCGAAGGACAUGUUGUACGUUUAUCCAUUUUAUGUUUCAAUAAUAAUAAUAAUAAUUUAUUUCUGUGUGCAUUCCAUAACAAUCUCAAUGCCCUUACAGUAAUAUAUGUGAAAUAAUAAUAAAUAAGUCUAAUGUUAAUAAAAACUCAUUUACAUAAAAACAUUAUCAAAGAAAAUAAGAGCGGUGAGAGAAAGAGUCCAAACGCUCCGACAAAACUCCAACGAAACGGUGAGACUCCCUCCCCCAUCCCUCUCAUAAAUGAUCACAAAUCAAAUAUCCAUGAAAAAAUACUCAAAUAUAGAAACCACGAAAGUUUGAAAGUAUAAGACUAGAAGAUAAGACACAUAUAGUACCAAAAAAAACCCCCCAUCUGUCCGUGAAACUCCCCAUGACUCACGUUAUAGCAGCUAUAAAUGCUCAUUCCCUCACCAGCCUCUCUUUUUUUCCCUCUCUCUUGAAAUUAAUAAGAAUUUUUUUCUCAUGCGUAGUUUUUGUCAUAUUACUGAGAAACUAUAAAGAAGCAUAAACUUCUCCUCUCGUGUCAGAAAACCGAAAUGUUCCGGCUUUAACUCUGACUGUUACAAAGUACUGACUCUGGAACUGGAGACUCCUUCCAUAAAUGUUACAUAAACGCGUUUCUCCUUCAUCACAUCAACAAUUACCUGCUUUUCAAGACGAAACACACGCUCACUAUAUCAGCAAAAUAAGUUUGGAUUAGUAACGGCAUUUAAUCUUUAGGCCACGCCUCCUGACGCAGAAUAGCGUUCCAAACUACAGGUUGGUUUUGAGCGUUUUUACAGAUUAACUGACGUCCAGAAUCUUCUCUAACAGGUUCUUUCUCUUGUACGAAGCUCACAAGUCAAACUUCAGACACCAAAUGCGUCUCUCUAUUUAUUAUAUCCUGGGAAAUGAAUAUCAAGUGACCUCAGUGUAAAUCUGUAGAUGUGUUAUUUGUAUUUUUUGUAAUUUUUGUUGAGUUUUGAGAUAUUUUAAGUAUUAGAUGCACUGUUUGUGUGCUGUGAUCUUCAUCUGGACGUGUUCAGUGUGUAGCUUAGCGCUCUGAUAAUCACUGAGUUUGCCAGGAAACUGAAUGUCUGCGUGGGGGUGGGGUUUUUUUUUUUUUUUGCUCUUCUAUGUGUCGCAUUUUAUCAUGUGACACGGUUGAGUAGGUCACAUGAUCCUGUGUUUGUGUGUUGUAUCAGUGAUCCACGUAAACACUGUUUGUAUUUUCCAGUAGGAAAAAAGCUGCAGUUCAGGUCAGCGGUGCAAUAACACAUCACAUUAUCGUUUUCUUCACGUGUCUUUGCUGCCAUCCACAACGUCCAACAUUUCUGUCCUGUCUCAGUUUCAGUCCUGUUACAUUUUCAACACGGAGCAUAUUUCCGUUCGAAUGACUGUGAGGAACUUCAGUGAACGUUACGCUCAUUAACAUGCACAGUUCUCUAACCUGAUUGGCUGAGCUCCGUGCCAUAAACGUAACCUGAUGGGAUUAAAAUCCUUGAUUAACCAAAUUAUCAUGAUCGUGGAAUGUGAAGUCGCAGUUGUAGAACGCCUGCAAUGUGUUCAUAUUCAUGUUCUUGGCUAAACGUAAUUGGCUGAAUUGUUGUGAAAAAAAAUAAUUCGCCAGCACGUCAAUUUCAGAAUGCGAAGUUGUUUAUUACGAUUGCGUAACAUGAUUUUAUUAAAUUUUUUUUAAAAAUGCAUACGAGUGUUGAACACCAAAUACGAUUGGUGAAAUUGUUGGAUCGUGAACACAAUGUGAUCGGAAGGUAUUUGUUGUACAUGCGGAACAUGAUUUGAAAUUCUGUGAAAUGAUUCCAGAAUAUUAUUUGAUAAAUUCUUUAUUGAAAUGAUGGAAUGCCAUCGGUGACGUGCUUCAUCACGAAUGUGGAGCAUGAACCGAAGGAUUCCUGAUUGAUUGAGGGAAGUCCUGUCCUGAACACUGAAGGUGAUUGGCUGAAAUCUUUGGCGUGGAAGUUUACACUGGCAACGUUGCUUUUCUCAACAUGGAAUGCCGUUGGUCUUUUUUUUUUUUUAAACUUAUUAUUAAAAAGCGUAAUAAAGAAGAAAAGAAAUUCUUUGUUCAUCGUGAUACAUGAUUAGCUGAGAUGUUUAUCAUGAUUGUUGAAUAUGAUUGGCUAAAAUAUUUAUCCUGUCAGGUUACUAUACCUACUGCCGCCCAGCUUAUUUAUAUAUUUUUAUAUAGAAUAUUUUUUUUCUUUGUUCAUUUUGAGUUGAAUUCUGGACCAUUGAACAGAAUUGGACGAAAGUUCAGCUCUUUUACGUUCCAGCUUUAAUAAACAACUGCUUAUGAGUUUGUUACACAUUUUUAACUGUUCCACUUCUUCGUGAAGCUGAUCCGAGGACUUAGAUGUAAUCGAAGAAAUCAUUUCUCUCAAUUUUGUCCUGCUUGUACCCACAAUGCACUGCCAAGCACCAAAUAAAACCUCCAGCUACUGACAUUUCCAGUGAAA